AAUAAUUAGUCACCUUGCAUUCCAUUGCGCUGCCACACACGUGUCACUCUUCUAAUCUUGCGAGAUUGUCUCUCCGAAACAUCUCGCGACUGCAUCAGCUACCGUCGCGUACGCAUAUCGUAUAGUGUGCCGCUGUCAAACGAACCAGAUUGUGACCAGAGGUGACAGAUCGCUGUUGUGGCAGUGACAGCUCCCGCGGAUACGGUUUGCAAUUUUAUCAAACCAACUCCAGAACGCACGCAAGGGUUUUUUGCUGUUGUCGGUCGGUUCUGGUUGGCUGCUGCAUAGGGUAUCGCUGCACCACCGCCGCUACUCCUCCACACGCGCACAACGAUGCCGCGGAAAAACAAACCGAUUAUAAAGCUGAAGCUGGACGGGGAUGCAACCGGGGGUGGCGGUAGCACCGUGCCGGACAGUGCCGAGGGUGCGACACCGCGCAACCUGGACAAGCGCGGUACGCUGACGGUGGGCGAACGAUCGUUCGUCGUCGAGGCGGAUCAUCUGCGCAAGCUGGCCGAUCUGGGCCGGGGUGCGUACGGUAUCGUCGAGAAGAUGCUGCAUCAACCAUCCGGCACGGUAAUGGCCGUGAAGCGCAUUACCGUCACGAGCGGGAUGGGUGCGGGCGGUGGCCCCGGUGGUGGCGUACAGUCGCAGGAGCAGAAACGUCUGCUGAUGGAUCUGGAUGUGUCAAUGCGUGCGAGCGACUGCCGACAUACGGUACAGUUUUACGGUGCACUGUUCCGCGAGGGUGACGUGUGGAUCUGCAUGGAGGUGAUGGACACGAGCGUGGACAAGUUCUAUCCGGUGGUGUACAAGCGUCCGGGCCGUACCAUCCCCGAGCGCAUCCUCGGCCGGAUUGCGCUCGCGAUCGUACGUGCCCUGCACUACCUGCACACGGAACUGCGCGUCAUCCAUCGGGAUGUGAAACCCUCGAACGUGCUCAUGAACAGACGGGGUGAGGUGAAGAUGUGCGAUUUCGGUAUAUCUGGUUAUCUGGUCGAUUCGGUGGCAAAAACGAUCGAUGCCGGCUGCAAACCGUACAUGGCCCCGGAACGUAUCGAUCCCGGUUCCGGCAGCCGAACGGCCGGGUACGACAUCAAAUCGGACGUUUGGUCGCUCGGCAUCACGAUGGUGGAGAUUGCGACCGGCCGCUUCCCGUACGCCACCUGGCGGACCCCAUUCGAGCAGCUGAAGCAGGUAGUGAAGGACGAUCCACCGCGGCUGCCAAAGUCGGCCGCACCCGACUCGGAAGAGUUCAGUGCCGAGUUUCAUGCGUUCACCACCAGCUGCCUGCAGAAGAAGUACCAGCAGCGGGGCAAUUACGAGCAGCUGCUGGCGAUGGAAUUUCUGCAACGAUACGGUGCCGGUGACGAACAGGCCGACACCAGUGAUAUGGCGGAGUACGUGUGUACGAUACUGGACGAGCGAGACGGUGUGCCAGCGGCCGGUGACGGUGGCGCGGAACCGGUGGAUUGACUAGCUGUAAAUAUCGCCGUUUGAUUGUUUAUUAUUAUUAUAUAUAUUUUUUUUGAAAAUAUGAGUAAAGCUAGGGAAACAGCGGUGUUAAAGCGGUAUACACACCUACAAGUGAGAACAACAACAGAAAAAAAACAAAACAAAACAAAACAAAAAAAAACCCCACAAAAAAGGUAACAAAACAAUGUGAAAACAAUAACAAAAAAAACAAAUAUUAUAAAUAUGCAAGUAUGUAACAAACGUACACGGUUCGUUUACACGCUCGAUCAAAGCAAGGCGCCAUAACGGAAAAAAGGGGAGGUUUAUAUUGUUACUUAAUUUAAAAAAAAAUGAAAAAAAACACAGAAACACAAAAACCCUUUAAUAAUAACAAAUAAACUUGUUGCGGACGAGCAACUAAAAACUCCACAA